AUGGCCUCCAUCCGCGUCCUCCGUCCCAUCCACACUCACCUCCAUCCCUACAGCUACAGCCUCCCCAUCGCCCGCGCUGUGUCCACCACACCCAUCAUGACCGGCCGCAUCACCGACACCGUCAAGCAGGACCACCGCCAGCUGGAGGCCUGCUACGACAAGAUCAUGCACGCCACCGACCGCGACGACCAGAUCCGCUUCCAGAAUCUGUUCACCUGGGAGCUGGCGCGCCACUCCAUCGGCGAGGAGCUCGUCGUGUAUCCCGCGUUCGAGAAGCAUCUCCCCGACGGCGUGAGCAUGGCCGACAAGGAUCGUCGCGAGCAUCAAACGGUGAAAGAAAAACUCAAGAAAUUCCAGAACCUCGACCCGUCCAACCCGGAGUUCAUGAGCACCAUCAAGUCGCUCAUGGUCGAUCUGGCGCAGCACAUCAAGGAGGAGGAGACCAACGACCUGGUCAAGCUGGACCAGGCGCUCUCGCACGGCGACAGCGUCGGCCUGUCCAAGUCGUUUGAGCGGACCAAGAUGUUUGUGCCGACGCGCUCGCACCCGAGUGCCCCGAGCAAGCCGCCGUUUGAGACAGCCGUGGGGUUGCUGACGGCGCCGAUUGAUCAGUUGGCGGAUCUGUUUAGGAAGUGGCCGCAUGAGGGACAGGCUAGUAGAUAG